AUGAUAAAGUAUAUGAAACACAGAAAAUACAAGUCAAACCAGAAGAUAAGAAAUGAAGUCGCCGUCCCUGUAAGGAAGAGCAGCCUCAAGAAAAUCAACGAUGAUUCUCCUCCUCAGGAACCGCUACCUUCACCUCCCGUAAAAGCCAGAGAAAGUUCCCCAACUGUGAAAGAAAUUGCCAAAAAUUAUUCACCUCCCACCAAUUCUCCUAUUAAUAAGGAUGUACUGUCCCCUCCCGUUAAAAAUAGUGUCGCUUCGCCCCCAUGGAGCAAAGUCUCUCCUUUUAGAAAGGAAAUACACUCCCCUUCACCCGUAAGUAGCUCCAGUUCACCUCCAAGCACUAUUCUAAAGCCUAAAAAUGACACGCCUAAGGAAGAAUGUAUCAUGCCUCCUAAAGUGAAAAGAGACUCUGUUACUGCGAAGGAUAUUCCAAAAACAGAUAAAUUGUCACUUCCAAAUACAAAUGAUACAAACGAAAAUGAUUUAAGUAAUAUAGAUAUUGAAAAGACGAAAAACGAGGACACGAAUGGCGUGGGUAAUAAGAUUAAAAUUUUUGAAAAGGCUGCAGAGGAAGCUGGAAAACUAUCUCGACCAGGCUCCAUGCGUCGAGCAAGAGUUGAUAGAAUAGGGUCGGACAGUAAAGAAGAUCUACCCCCACCGGCCACUCCAUUCAAAGACAAUAUCUUCUUUGAAAUUGGGAAUACAGAAAAAAACCCUCCUGCCAACGAACCACCGCCUGCAAAACUCGAAAGACAGCUGAGCAUCAAAUGUUCAACAAUGAGUAAUAAAUGGCAACGCGGCAGCAACUCCCUUGAAGAGAAAAUUCAAAAACCGGAACCGAAAAUCAUCAAACCGGAGUUUAAACCUAUGCCAUCCCCGAUAGAUUUAACGAUACGUUCUCCAAGUAUUGUUGGUAAGAUUCCAGAACAGUUUCCCUCGCAUGGCACAGCAUUCCGAAACGUCGCCUCACCUGACACCUCCCGAAACAAACCCACAGAAGACCAAUUCAAGACGUGCAAAGUGAAGAAUAAAGAAAAGUACUCCGUAAGCAAGGGCUCCAGCUACUUCACGAGGGGCUCGGAAGAGAUUUGGCUCGUGAAGAAGAAAGAUAUAGAGGAAAUUGAGGAGCGGGUGUUAGACUCUUUCCGUCGGGCAGGCGGUAACUUCUGCAACCGAAGUGAGUCUGUGCGCCCCUCCUCUGAUGGCGGCCAGUCGUUCCCGCACGCAACAAUGGGACGGAACAAGCGUCAGACGUACGGAAGAAGCGAGUCUUUGGACCCACAAUGGGCUGGGAAUAGGUCGCAGACGUUAAAACGGCAGACCUCUGUGGCGUGCACUUGUGGCCAUGAUAAGAAAGCUAGGUCGAAAAGCGCGGGUUCCGAUGCAAGUCGGCAACGGUCUAAAAGUCAUGGAGAUGAUCAAAGCCAAGUCUUGGACAAGUAUGAGACACUGGUGUAA